AUGGAUUAUAUGACCCAGUGGUUCGUCUUUCUCUGGGGAGUGUAUGCCCUGGAAAAUUAUCUCAAUUUCCGACAGUGGAAAGUCGUCAGAAAAUCAACAUAUUCGGAUCUAAAUUCAAUGCUCAAAAGUCACUUUAGCCAAGAAUCAUUCAAGAAGUCCCAAAGUUAUGCUGAUGACAAGAUGAAAUACGGCCUUAUCCACGAAUUCUACGAAACCCUGCGGACAACAGCCUUUACGCUUUUCUUCAUUUCUCCUGCUUUUUGGGGAAAGGCGAAAGAAAUCUCCAACCAGUACGGCUUUGACAAUGAAUAUUAUCAUACUUGCAUGGUGAUUUUCUUGACGAGCGUCUUCGAAUCUAUCAUUGGUCUUCCAUGGAGUUACUACUCCAAUUUCGUUCUCGAGGCAAAACACGGCUUCAACAACAUGACCGUGAAAUUCUGGCUGACGGAUAAAGUAAAGAAGCUCUUCACAAUUGGCAUCCCCCUCAACGCUGCUAUAAUGUGCUUGAUCGUCUGGGUCGUCAAAUUCUUCGGAGAUAAUUUUUACAUCUACGCUUGGGUGCUGAUGUCUAUCGUCAUGUUCGUAAUGAUGUACGUUUAUCCGGAAUUCAUCGCCCCCCUUUUCGAUAAGUACAGCCCGCUAAAAGAAGGAGUCUUGAAAGAAAAGAUUGAAAAGCUCGCUGGAAGCUUGGAAUUUCCCCUCAAGAAAUUAUACGUGGUUGAUGGCUCAAAACGAUCAAGUCAUAGCAACGCGUACAUGUAUGGUUUCCGAAACAACAAAAGAAUAGUGCUCUUUGAUACCUUGAUCGCCUCGGAAUGCACUGGAAAGAAUGAAGGAAAAGGAUGCGAAGACGAUGAAAUUGUCGCUGUUCUUGGACACGAACUUGGUCAUUGGAAAAUGGGACAUACCGUCAAAAUGCUGAUUGUUCAGGAGAUUCUUACUUUUGUGACUUUUUACGGCUUCGGAUUCUUCAUCAACAAUGACGAGCUCUUUGCUAAUUUUGGAUACAAAGACGAGCUAGAAGCUGGUGUCUAUAUCAAAUUAAUUGUUGUAUUAACGACGAUUAUGGCUCCAAUGUUCGAAAUCGUCGGCCUGUUUAUGACUCUUUUCAUCCGAAGCAACGAAUUUGAAGCUGACCGAUUCGCCGUCGGCCUCGGCUACGGUGAGCUUCUGGAAAAAGCUCUAGCGAAAUUAUUCAACGAUAACUCCAACUUCCCACUGUGUGACAGUUGGUACGCCUGGAAGAACCACUCUCAUCCUCAUUUCAACGAAAGAGUGGCCGAACUCCGGGUCCAAACAGAAAAGUUCAAAGCCAAGAAGCAAUAA